UGUCACGGAUUGGAAGGCGUCCUUCGGCGGCGCCUCAGAAGCGCAUGCUCGCGGGCUCGCGCGUGCACGAGCCUCACGUGUACGAGCCUCACCAGCCACCGAGCGCGCGCCCGGCGUCCGAGGCGGUUGGUAUCAAGGAGUUGGGGAGGCAAUUAUUUCCAGUCAGAAAAGGGAACCACCGCCUGGCAUUCUCACCAGCUUUCUACCUGCCAUGAUCAAAUGCUUGUCAGCUGAAGUACAAGCUAGAUUGCGUUCUGGUUUGGCUGUAUGCUCCUUAGGCCAAUGUGUUGAGGAGCUUGCCCUCAACAGUAUUGAUGCUGAAGCAAAAUGUGUGGCUGUCAGGGUGAACAUGGAAACCUUCCAAGUUCAAGUGAUAGACAAUGGAUUUGGGAUGGGGAGUGAUGAUGUAGACAAGGUGGGAAAUCGUUAUUUCACCAGUAAAUGCAACUCCGUACAGGACUUGGAGAACCCAAGGUUUUAUGGUUUCCGGGGGGAGGCGUUGGCCAGUAUAGCUGAUAUGGCCAGUGCUGUGGAAAUUUCAUCCAAGAAAAACAAGUCGAUGAAAACAUUUGUGAAACUGUUUCAGAAUGGAAAAGCCCUGAAAGCUUGUGAAGCUGACUUAACUCGACCAAGUGCCGGGACAACAGUCACUGUAUAUAAUCUGUUUUAUCAAUUACCUGUUAGGAGGAAAUGCAUGGAUCCUAGACUGGAGUUUGAGAAGGUUAGGCAGAGGAUAGAAGCUCUGUCACUCAUGCACCCUUCCAUUUCUUUCUCUUUGAGAAAUGAUGUUUCUGGUUCCAUGGUUCUUCAACUCCCUAAAACCAAAGACAUAUGUUCCCGAUUUUGUCAAAUUUAUGGACUGGGUAAGUCCCAAAAGUUAAGAGAAAUAAAUUUUAAAUAUAAGGAGUUUGAGCUUACUGGCUUUAUCAGCUCCGAAGCACAUUAUAAUAAGAAUAUGCAGUUUUUGUUUGUGAACAAGAGGUUAGUUUUAAGGACAAAGUUGCAUAAACUCAUUGACUUUUUAUUAAGGAAAGAAAGUAUUAUAUGCAAACCAAAGAGUGGUUCUGCCAGUAGGCAAGUGAAUUCAAGUCCUCGGCCUCGGUCUAGCCCGGAACUCCAUGGUAUCUAUGUAAUCAAUGUUCAGUGCCAGUUCUGUGAGUAUGACGUGUGCCUGGAGCCAGCAAAAACCCUGAUUGAGUUUCAGAACUGGGAUACUCUUUUGGUUUGCAUUCAGGAAGGAGUAAAAACGUUUUUAAAGAAAGAAAAAUUAUUUGUGGAAUUAUCAAGUGAAGACAUUAAGGAAUUUAGUGAAGAUAAUGAUUUUAGCUUAUUUAGUGCCAGUCUUCAGAAGCAAGUGUCCUCUGAUGAGAAGUGUGGCCAGGUCAGUUUCCAAGAAGCAUGUAAUAAUAUUUUAGAUUCCUACGAGAUGUUCAAUUUGCAGUCAAAAGCUGUGAAAAGAAAAGCUCCUGUAGAAAACAUAAGCACACAAAAUUCUAGGGAUUCAGAAGCUAUCAGAAAAAAGACAAAUGAUUCAUUUUUGUACACUUACAAAUCCGAUGGGCCAGCCCAUUGUAAAAUGGCAGAGUCAUCUUUGCAAAAUGAAGACAGUGCUUGCUCACAGUCAAGGAACUUAGAACAAGAGACAGCUGGAGCAUCAGAAUUGGGAGAAAAUAAGAAACAUAAAAAAUCUUGCUUGGAACAUAACUCUUCAGAAAAUCCAUGUGGAACCACUUCAGAAAUGUUUGGAAGCCCUUUUCAGACAUUAUAUCACUUUGAGGAGAGUGGAGAAGAUCUAGAAAUACAGAAAGUAAGUACUACUGUUAAUAGCAUGGCUGCCAACAACCUGGAAAAUAACAGAAUUCAGAAUCAACCAGAGAGAUUUAAAGAUGCUACUGAAAUGGACUGCCAACCUCUGUCUUUUGAGACAGCAUUAUCAGAACGUAGUGCUCAGAGAGAGGAAGAGAAAAGAAAAAAACCUAGUACUUGUGGAAGAAUAAAUGUUUUUCGUUAUGGACAAGUUAAAUUAUGUUCCACUGGCUUCAUAACUCAUGUGGUACAGAAUGAGCAAACUAAAUCAACUGAAACAGAACAUUUAUUUAAAAGUUAUGCUCAACCUGGUCCUGUAAGUGCCAAAGAAACAUUUAGAAAUAGAACACACCAUUCAGUUGAGACUCCAAACAGCAAAGAUUUAACCAGCACUUUAAGUAAAGAAUUUGCUCAACUGCCCAACAAAAGUCUGUGCAGCACAAAUCGAAGUAAUCAGCUAGAGAACAAACAUACAGCAGCUUAUAAAAAUUUUGCUAUUUUUCAGGAAAGUAGUAAAAAAUCACACACAGGUGGCUUAUUACCUAACACAUCCUCUUUUUCUUGGGGUAGACAUGUUUCAGAUGGUAGUAAGAAAACAGACAAGUUGAUUGGUCCUGUCAAACCCAUACCUCAUAAGAAGCUAAGCUUAAGCUCACAACUAGGAUCUUUAGAGAAGUUUAAGAGGCAAUAUGGGAAGGUUAAAAAUCCUCUGAAUUCUGAAGUGGAGGAAAAUAAUACUUUAGAAAUCACUACCAAUCUCAGUCCUCAGGUUGAAGCUGACAUUCCAUGGAAAGACAAAAACCACUUAGACAACUCUGACAUCUGUGAAAUCACUACUAUGAAAUAUAAUUAUUCCAAUAGUAGUUGUCAACCAGUAAAUCACAUGUUUUCUUCCGAAAAGUUUCCAUUCUCCAAGGAAGAUGAUUGUUUGGAACAACAGAUGCUUUGCUUAACAGAAAGCGCUGUAACUCUACAGGAGUUAACUCAUUUUAACAGUAAAUUUUUGGAUGUUGAGAAGUCACCUGAAUCACUAGCCUCUAAAUUAUCCAGAUUGAAGGGUUCCGAAAGAGAGACUCAAAGGAUGGAUGGGAAUCAUUUUAAUGAAUUGCUACAAUUAGAUUCCAGUAGGAAAGAUGGUGACUUGUCCAGUGGGUUAACCCUAGAUUCUUGUAAGUUAUUUAAAAAUGAGCAUAAAAAAACAGAAAAUGACAAUAUCCCGAUGUCAGACUCUGUCACACAAGGUAAUCUCUUCAGUAAAGACAGUGAAACAUAUUCUAACAACAAUACCACUGAGAAGAUACCAGAAAAUCCUUUGGUACUGCCCUAUGACCAUGCUACAGUUAUCAGUAAGGAUUCAGAUGUUCUUAUAGCUUCAAAACAACAGAUUGGAAGUCCUGACUCUCUGAGUAGAAUGUUAAUGAGUCACGUGGAAGAUUCCACAGCUGACCAAAAUGGAACUUGUUUUCAGAGUGAGGAAUCCAUAGCAAGAACUUGUUCUGAAAAUGAAGAGUCCAACAUAUGUUCUUUGGAUUGGCAGCAGCAUUUUGAUGUAACUCUGGGAAGAAUGGUUUACAUCAACAAACUAACAGGACUUAGUACAUUCACUGCUCCUACUGAGGAUGUUCGGGCUGCUUGUACUAAAGACCUGACGACUAUGGCUGUGGAUGUUCUACUGGAGAAUGGAUCUCAGUACAGGUGUCAUCCCUUUAGAAGCGACCUUGUUCUUCCUUUCCUUCCUAGAGCUCGGGAAGAGAGGACUGUGAUGAGACAGAAUAACAGAGCUCCUGGGGACGAUGCCUUUGGUCAUGAAUCACUGCAGUCUUUGUUCUCAGAAUGGGACAAUCCAGUAUUUGCCCGUUAUCCAGAGGUUGCUGUUGACGUAAGCAGCGGCCAAGCUGAGAGCCUAGCAGUUAAAAUUCACAACAUCUUGUAUCCUUAUCGUUUCACCAAAGAAAUGAUUCACUCAAUGCAGGUUCUCCAGCAAGUGGAUAACAAGUUUAUUGCCUGUUUAAUGAGCACUAAGACUGAAGAGAAUGGUGAGGCAGGUGGAAACCUGCUAGUCUUGGUGGACCAGCACGCUGCCCACGAGCGCAUCCGAUUGGAGCAGCUGAUCAUUGAUUCCUAUGAGAAGCAACAGCCACAAGGCUUUGGUCGAAAAAAAUUACUGUCUUCCAUUGUAAGUCCUCCGCUAGAGAUAACAGUGACAGAGGAACAAAGGAGACUCUUAUGGUGUUACCACAAAAAUCUGGAAGAUCUGGGCCUUGAAAUUGUAUUUCCAGACACCAGUGAUUCACUGGUCCUCAUAGGAAAAGUACCACUCUGUUUUGUAGAAAGAGAAGCCAGUGAACUUCGAAGAGGAAGAUCUACUGUGACCAAGGGCAUUGUGGAGGAGUUGAUUCGAGAACAAGUGGAGCUACUCCAGACCACAGGAGGCAUCCAAGGGACUUUGCCACUGACCGUCCAGAAGGUGUUGGCAUCCCAAGCCUGCCAUGGGGCCAUUAAGUUUAAUGAUGGCUUGAGCUUCGAGGAGAGCUGCCGCCUUAUUGAAGCACUGUCCUGGUGCCAGCUGCCGUUCCAGUGUGCUCAUGGCAGGCCCUCCAUGCUGCCGUUAGCUAACAUCGACCACUUGGAGCAGGAAAAACAGACUAAACCCAAUCUUGCUAAACUUCGCAGAAUGGCUCAAGCCUGGCAUCUCUUUGGAAAAGGAGAAGGAUGUGAUGUAGGGCAAGGCCUGCAGGCAUCCAUGCCUCCUUGUGAGCUGCCAAGAGAGCAGAAUUACUGUCUGUAAGGAACCCAAGGGAUGCUGACUGUAGGCCUUUGAGCAGAGAGCGUGAGCAAUAGGCACCAGGCGGGUCUUGACUGAAUGGGCCUGGGGCCCUGAUCAGCAUCUCCAUCUUCCCUGAGCAGGUGAUCCCUCCAGUUGAGGAGCCAGAUGGAUUUCAAGCCUAAAGACGGGUCAUUCAUUGGCAUCCAUGGACACAGGAGGUUGCCCUCUAAUGUCUACAUUUUGUAAUUUAUAAAGGGGAUAAAAUUUAAUGAUUAAUUGUC